UCCGCCUUAUUCUCCAACAUUAAAGUUUCUGCCUACGCCGUUAUCCAUGUUAUCCAUGCAACUCCCCAGUCAAAUUAGCCCACAGUCCCUCAUUAAAGAAAUAAAAUACUUCUUUAACAUAAACACGCGUCCGUGAUCAAUUUCUCACUCAAAUUUUAAAUCUUCUACUUUUUAUUCAAAGUCAAGCUUGUGCUUCAUUUCUGUCGUUACCAAAUCUUCUAUCGUUUGUUAGAAGUGAAAAGAGACGACGGAGAAAAAUACAAGAUAAAAUCAGAGAAACUUGAUUUUCUUGAUUGUCUGUCAACUUGUCGCAAUCGACGCGUUAAUCGACUCCACAGCCCAUAGCCCCGGGCGCAGCGCCGUUGCUUAACAGAUAAUCCAUAAUUUUUUUCUCUUUUCCCCUGAUUUUAGUACCUAGUUCGAUCUUACAUACAUCCCAUACUUUUCUUCGCCCUAACCCUCCAAAUCGACUUAGCCAACACCAAUAAACUACCACGUCCUCCUUUGUCUCGUCUCCCCUUUCCCUUCCUCCCCAAUCGCCGUUUUAUAUUCGAAUCGACUCAACUGCAAUAAUAUCGAAAUAUCGCAGUCAUGUCGGACAAGAAAAACGAAGAUUAUGCCAUUCGCAUGCCCGAAACGGGUCCGCGAAGCCCUUACGGCGGAGAGAAAGAUCCUUUUAUUCCGUCUCGUCCUUCUCGAGCCGCAUCUCAACAGCACCUUGCGUCGCAGAUUAACAAGAUUGAGAAUAGCCCUGCUAUCUCUAUUCUCGCCUACUGUCUAUCUUCAAUUAGUAUGACAGUUGUGAACAAAUAUGUCGUGUCGGGUUCGGAAUGGAAUUUGAACUUCUUCUACCUUGCGGUCCAGUCGAUCGUAUGUAUAGUAACAAUCGAGGCUUGCAAGCAAUUAGGUUUAAUUAAGAACCUCGCGCCGUUCGACAUCAAUAAGGGAAAACGAUGGUUCCCUAUCUCUCUCCUCCUAGUCGGUAUGAUCUACACGAGCACGAAAUCGCUACAAUACCUAUCCGUUCCUGUGUACACUAUCUUCAAGAACUUGACAAUCAUUGUCAUCGCAUAUGGUGAGGUUCUAUGGUUUGGUGGUAGUGUCACCCCUUUGGCCUUGCUAUCGUUCGGUCUUAUGGUUCUCUCUUCCGUCGUCGCCGCAUGGGCCGAUACCCGCAGUGCUAGUCAAACCGCUGAAGCUGCCGCUGCUCUCGCUACAUUGAACGCUGGCUACGCUUGGAUGGGUCUCAACGUUUUCUGCACGGCUUCCUACGUUUUGGGUAUGCGUAAGGUUAUCAAGAACAUGAACUUUAAGGAUUGGGAUACUAUGUUCUACAACAACUUCCUUACCAUCCCCGUCCUAAUCGUCUGCUCCCUUAUCGCCGAAGAUUGGUCUAGCGAGAACUUGAACAAGAACUUCCCUCCGGAAACCCGAAACGCCCUUUUCAUUGGUAUGAUCUACUCGGGUAUGGCAGCUAUCUUUAUCUCAUACUGCUCCGCUUGGUGUAUCCGUGUCACCUCUUCUACUACGUACUCCAUGGUUGGAGCUCUCAACAAGCUUCCCAUCGCCGUCAGUGGUCUCGUCUUCUUUUCCGCACCUGUCACCGUUGGUAGUGUUUCUGCCAUCUUCAUUGGUUUUGUCAGUGGUAUCGUCUAUGCUUGGGCCAAGGUGCGCCAGUCGCAAGUUGCCAAGAAUUCGCUGCCUACUACACAACCUACGAUGAGCGCAAGUUCCCAGAGCAACCGUGAUGCCGCCAACUCAUAAAUCAGAAAACAUUGUCUUUCUACGAAUCACGCGACAAUGCUUCUAAUAGCAAAAGCAUGUGGUCUACCCAUUUAGAUCAAUGGGCUUCGGAAUAGUCGGAUUCUGCGAAACGGACAAAUACCUACGCAAACGUCUAACCGAAUCGAAUCAGCCACUUCUGCUGUAUAAUAUCUAUCCAUCCCUUUCGAAUUGACGGUGUCAGAUGAAGGGGAGGAACCGUUGAGAUUUUCAGGUAUAGACUUUUUAACUUUUAUAAUGAGAAAACGGAGCUCUACGGAUAUGGGGAAAGUCAUUCAUCAUAAGUUUUUGGACGGCGCAAGAUAGGAAUGAAAGAACCUCGAUCCUCUUUGGCAUCAUUUUUGUGUUGAGGCAGCAUCAUCGUCGUCAAUGUUAAGGACGAUCAGACUCGGAAAGGUGGACGUAAAUAAAGUCUUGAUCUCGAUUAAUGCGAAUUGCGAAUUGCAUGUUGAAGUUGGUGUUGAUGGAUGGGUAGGCGAUUGAAAUGACAGACAGACAAGGCAUAUCGUAUAUGAUUGUGUGAGCUGUCUACAUAUUUGAGUAGUCAUAAUAAAGAGACCAUGAAACCUAGGCAACAUUCCCAUCCAUUAAAUGAGUCAGUAGGUCUAGAUAUGACAAUAUGUUUCUUCA